AUGCGCUGCGAUGGGAUGGCCUCGCCCUUCUUCCCACCCAACUUCCUCCUGCAAGUGCAGACGCCGGCAGCGGCGGAGCACCAGCACCACCAGCACCACCAGCAGCCUCCUUCCCUCUCCUCGCUGCUCCCUCCCACGCCCUGCUCCGGCGGCCGGGAUUUCCCAGGUGAAGAGAGAUCUCCGAAUUGUUCACGCAGAAGACGAUAUAUAUAUUUAUCAGAAGGGGGGGGUGACGAUGUGUGGACGGUGAUGGUGCAGGGACGGCGGCGCUGCUGGGGAGGAGAUCUGUGUCGUUCUCCGGGGCGGUGGCCGAGGAGGUGAACGGGGAGGACGAUCUCUCCGACGAGUUCUCGCCGGCGGGGGAGAAGAAGAGGAGGCUGAACGUGGAGCAGGUGAGGACCCUGGAGAGAAACUUUGAGAUGGGCAACCGGCUAGAGCCGGAGCGGAAGGUGCAGCUGGCGAGGGCCCUGGGGCUGCAGCCUCGCCAGGUGGCCAUAUGGUUCCAGAACAGGCGAGCGAGGUGGAAGACGAAGCAGCUGGAGAAGGAUUACGACGCCCUCAAGCGCCAGGUCGACGCCAUCAGAGAGGAGAACCGAUCUCUCCAAUCCCAGAACCAGAAGCUCGAAGCUGAGGUAAUCGAUUCUCUCUCUCUCUCGUAGGACCUCUGGCAACCGAUGAUUCCUGGUUUCCUCAAUUGGGUCCGUCCGUCUUUUCACCUUUCUUGAGUAAUAAUGGCGGAUACUACCAGACGCCGCAGAGAUGAUGGUUUCUCCGCAACGUGCAGAUCAUGGCGAUGAGAGUGGAGAGGGAGGCAGCGGAGCCAGUGAUCAACCUCAACAAGGAGACAGAGGGAUCAUGUAGCAACAGCUCCGACGUGAACCUGGACACGUCCAGAACGCCAGCCGGCGACAGCCGCCACGACCGCCCGCUACUUCAGCAGCUCCCUUCCCGCCCGGAGCUACCCUUCCCCAAGACGGAGCUCGGCGCCGGCCAUGACGAGGGUUUCUGCAAUGUCUUCUGCGGGCUCGACGAUCAGCCCGCCUUCUGGGCGUGGCCCGAGCAGCACAGCUUCCACUGA